CAACGCGACGCCGUCAAGAUCGAAGACGAAGCCGAAGACACCCAGUCGCCCGGCCCCGACGCCACCAUCGAGAUCCCCGACGACCCGAGCGAGUCGCUCGCCGCGUACGACACGAAGCACCCGAAGCCCGCCGACACCGAGAUCGACGACGCUCUGAGCUUCUUCGACGACGACGGCUCGAAGCCCGACGACGAGACGGUCGACGCCACCAUCGACAUCGACGCCGGGGACAUCACCAGCGCCCUCACCGAGAUCUACCGACCCGACGACAGCGGCGACACGGGCGGCGCGAGCGGGCCCGACGCCUUCGAGGACCUCCUCACCGCCCGCGAGAUCGUCACGCCCAAGGAGCUCCUCCAGGCCCAGGCCGUCGUCAGCAAAUCCCCCGGCACACGCCUCUCGGACGUCCUCAUCGAACGCGGCGCCGACGAGGAGAAGGUCCUCCGCGUCCUCGCCGAGUCGUGGUCGCUCGCCUUCGAGACCCUCGACCUCGACAAGGCCCCCGACGAGAUCUUCGACGGCACCAUGCUCCAGCGCCUGGGCACAGACUUCUGCAAGGAGUACGAGGUCCUGCCCGUCCGCGUCGAGGACGGGCGCGUCAUCCUCGGCACCUCGCGCCCGGACGACGUCUUCAUGAUCGACGAGGCCCGCAUGCGCCUCAAGGCGCGCGCCGUGCGCCCCGUCGUCGUCUCCGGCGCCCAGAUCCGCGCCGCGCUCGACCUGCUCGGCGAGGACGAGUCCGAGCACGUCACCGACGUCGAAUCCAUCCUCGACGACAUCGAGGAAGACGACGUCCGCGUCGAAGAAUCCGGCGACGACGAGGUCGACCUCGAACGCGAGGCCGCCGAGUCCCCCGUCAUCCGCUACGUCAACUACAUCAUCCAGACCGCCGUGAAAGAGGGCGCGUCGGACAUCCACAUCGAGCCGGGCGACAAAACCCUCAUCGUGCGCUACCGCAUCGACGGCGUCCUCUUCGAGGCCAUGCGCCCGCCCAACAAAAUGGCCGCCGCCAUCACCUCGCGCCUCAAGAUCAUGGCGAACCUCGACAUCUCCGAAAGGCGCAUCCCCCAGGACGGGCGCAUCCGCUGCAACGUCCAGGGACGAAAGCUCGACCUCCGCGUGUCGACGCUCCCCACGUCCUACGGCGAAAAAACCGUCAUGCGUAUCCUCGACACGAAGAACAUCAACGUGUCGCUGGACGACCUCGGCUUCGACGAGAACACCCUCACGAUCUGGAAGAACCAGAUCGCCCAGCCCCACGGCAUCGUCCUCGUCACCGGCCCGACCGGCUCCGGCAAGACGACCACGCUCUACGCCUCCCUCCGCCAGAUGGACAAGGUCUCGCAGAACGUCUCGACGGUCGAGGACCCCGUCGAGUACCACCUCGACGGCAUCACCCAGACGCAGGUGCACGAGAAGAUCGGCAUGACAUUCGCCAGCGCCCUCCGCGCCCUGCUCCGCCAGGACCCCGACGUCAUCAUGCUCGGCGAGAUCCGCGAUAUGGAGACCGCCGGCAUCGCCAUCCAGGCCGCCCUCACCGGCCACCUCGUCCUCUCCACGCUCCACACCAACGACGCGCCCAGCGCCAUCACCCGCCUCGUCAACAUCGGCAUCGAGCCCUUCCUCAUCGGCGCCGCGGUCAACGCCGUCCUCGCCCAGCGACUCGUGAGACGCGUCUGCCAGAACUGCAAGAAGCCCGCCGAGCACACCGACGACAUGCGCGAGUUCCUCGAGAUGCAGGGCAUCCCCCUCGACGCCGUCGUCGAGGGCGAGGGCUGCGAGAAAUGCCGCCAGCUCGGCUACUCCGGCCGCCUCGGCCUCUACGAGCUCCUCGUCGUCGACGACUCACUCCGCGACGUCGUCGCCCGCAACCCCAACGUCACCGAGUUCCGCCGCAUGUGCUGCGACCGAGGCAUGCACACCCUCCGCCAGGACGGCUUCGCCAAGGUCUCCACCGGCCAGACCACCCCCGCCGAGGUCCUCCGCGUCACCGAAGCCAUGGCGUAG